AUGGUUUCGAGAAAAAUAAAAUUUGGAUUAUCUUAUUUUGGUGCACUUCUGAUUUGUUCAGCUAGUGGAACUCAAUAUUUGUUUGGUACUUAUAGCACUGCUUUAGCUGAUAAAUUAGAUUUUAGUUCAGUAGAAAUAAAUACUAUCGGAAGUGCUGCAAAUUAUGGAUUUUUCUUGAGUGGUCCUUUCUUUGGAUAUAUAAUUGAUAAUUAUGGAACAAGAAAAACUUGUUUGGUAUCUUCUUUUGUGAUUUUCACAAGUUAUUUUUUACUUGCAUUGACUUACAAUAAAAUUCUUCCUAAUGGAUUUCUAUUAUGUUCUUUAUAUCUACUAUUCAUGGGAAUGGCAUCAGCUGCAGGAUAUCUUGCGUCUCUCACAGCCGUUACUAAAAAUCUUGCGGCUGCAUCGUCAAAACGCGGAAUCGCGUUAGGAGCACCAUUGGGAUUAUUUGGACUUUCGGCAUUUAUACUUUCUCAAAUAAAUUCACAUUUCUUUAAAUCAAAUGUUUAUGGUUUUUUAAUAUUUGUUGCAAUAUGGACAGGAUUAGGUCACUUUAUUGGAGCGUGUUUCUUAGUAAUUAUUCCUCCAUCACCAGUAAAUGAAGUUGUAGUAAUUUCUACUAAGAUGCCACUUAUUCAUAAAUCAUCAAAUGGACUUGACGAUCGACAUGAACUUCAUGAACAACGCGAAAUUUGUGGAAGGGAUUUAUUUCAAAAUGGAGAUGCACGUCUUUUAUUCAUUGCCAUCUUAUUUAUUGGUGGAACUGGAUUAAUGUACAUCAACAAUGUUGGAAGUAUCAUUAAAUCAUUAUAUUUAGCAUCAAUUGUUAAUCAUCAACCUCCAUCAAUCAUUCAACAAAGAAUCGAAUUACAUCGAUUAAUAAAUUUUCACGUGUCUCUGAUUUCAAUUUUUUCUUGUGUGGGAAGGAUUACUUCGGGAUUGUUCUCUGAUGUUGCAAAAAAUAUAUAUAAGUUACGAAGAUUAUGGUUCAUUGUAAUAGCAGGAUUAUUGUUACUUAUUGGAAAUGUAAUAUGUGGAUUUAUGGUAAAAGGUUUGAAUAUUUUAUGGAUCGCAAGUACUUUAGUUGGUCUUGGGUGUGGUGUCAUGUUUGGUAUUGCACCAACUAUUACAAGUGAAUGGUUUGGUGUUAGAAAAUUUGGAUCUAAUUGGGGAUUUAUAUCUUAUGCUCCGGCAAUCGGUGGACAAUUAUUCAAUUUAAUAUUUGGUGUAAAUUUUGAUUAUCAUAGAAAAAAAUAUUAUCAUGAAGAAUGUUUUGGUUCUUCGUGUUACAGUACAGCAUUUUAUUUCAGUAGUGCUGGUAAUGUCAUAAGUAUCUUUAUAUCCUUGGGAUUAUUAUUUUGGAGACAUAAAAGAGAUAAGAUAAGAUGGAGAUGGAUUCGAGAGACUGAAUAUGUUAGAUAUAUUCAAGAAGAAGUAGUAGAAGACAUAAUGAAUUUUGAAAGAGGAGGAGGAGGUAGUUGUAGUACUAGUGUUGAUAAUAAUAUUAGUAAUGAUGUUAAUGGUAAUACUAUUGAUCCAGGAACUUUCAAGAAUAAAGUUCAUGUUAUUACUGAAGAAGAGGAAAGUGAGGAAGGACAAGUGGUGAUACACAAACAACACGGAAUUAUAAGUAGUGACAUUACUGAAGCUACUAAAGAGGAUAAUGAAGGAGAAAUACAAAAAUUAAAGAAUUGUGAAAUAAAUAGUGGUAGUUCAAAUUAUGGAAGUAUUCCACCAGUUAAGCAAUCAUUGAAUUAUAUUCAUUGA